AUAUGGCGGAUAGCAGGUGCGAGGAGAAUCGUUGUUGAUUUCCAUUAAUUCAAGCUAAAGUUAACGGUAACUAGGUAGAGUCUAUAUUAUAUACAGCUGAAGCUUCCAGUUACUUACACAAACUAACAUCAUGAAUUAUCAGAAAGUUUACAUGAACCAGAUCUACUCCAGCUCCAUUAUGAGACAGGUGGCUCAGAUGUGGAAAAACCAGCUACUGUGUGAUGCGGUCAUUAAAACAGGAAAUGUUCAAACUAAGGCACACAGACUGGUAUUAAUAGCAGCUUGUCCUAUGCUUCAGCAUAUGGAAAAUGCCUCAGUUGGAUCUCAUUUAGAAGUUCGCCUAAAUGCAGAUAUCAAGCAAAACUCAGUCAACACCUUUUUGCAGUACUUAUAUGAAGGUUACAUGAUGCUGACAGAGGAAAACUGCAAAGAUGUGGAAAAGAUUGCAAAGCUUCUUCAUGCAGACAGUGUAGCAAAAUGCUGCACUGAUUUUCAGAAAUGUUUAAAUGUCAAAUCUGGCAUGUCAUCCUAUGAAGGUGCUAAUUUUGAGGUUCAAGACGGUGUUGAAUUCCGCUAUGUGUGUUCCACCAACAUCCAAAAGACACUUCAAGAGGGUGCAAUGAAAAGAUCCUCAGACAGUGGUGGUAGACCCCCUAGUCCUGGCAGUAAAAGGCCAAGGGUACAUCCAUCUAGUCCAAGUGCAAUAGGGCAGAGAGCAGACGACAGGUUCAGCAUGGCUCACAGUUAUACACAAGAUCCUUUUGAACGUGUUCCAAGACUUGGAUCAGGUUUUUCUCAACCGAAACCCCCACCAGGAGUAAUAGAAAUUAUAGAAGAUUCUGUAGAGUUAGUUAAUACUGAACCUCCAGAGAGGGAUGUAGAUGGGUGGCCAAAGAAAUCAGACAGACCACCAGUUCAGAAGAGUAUGUCCAUUGCAGUUUCUAGCCAAGUAAAGGGAGGAGACAAUGACAUUCAGAUAAUAAAUGUUUCUAGUUCAGCAGUACCACCACAAAUUAAGCCACCAAGUACAGGAAGAGGAUGGUCUGAUGCAACAAACGAAAGACUUUCCACUAGUUUUGACCAUUCACAGUCAACAAGAUCAACUCAAAAACAGCCAUCUUUCAGUACAGAACAGUCCCAGUCACCAAGAACUGAGUUAGAUGGAUCAUUCCAAAGACAGCAGCAGUACAGCCAAUCAGUACCUAGCAAUAAACAGACACCACCCAGAACAUCACAUCCAGUAUCACACCCUCCACAAUUAAAGCACAUGUCAAUGCCUGGUGUCCAAAGCACUCAAAAAUCCUUUGCUGCUGGUAGUCCAUCACAGGCCAGUUUUGCUGCAGGCAGUGCAUCACAAGUGCCCACUUUUGCAGCUGUUACUGGGCAACAGUCAAGCAGUCCUCAUAUACCAACCUCUGCAAUGGGCACAGUUUCUAUGAGUCCCAGAAGUGUUUCAGAAUCUUCACAGCCAUUGCCAUCACCCACCAAACCCUCAACAGAUGUCAGCAGACGACAGCAAACUGUCAUGAUUGAUCAGCCUUCAACAGAUAGUCUUCAACAAAGUCAAGACUCCAUCAUAGACAAACAGCAAGAAAAAGACACAGUGGCACAGAAAUCCAUUGAGAUACACUCUGAAGAUGUGGAGCGGCUGCUGGCGGCAUCUGAACCCGUCACUUCACAGAGUGACAAUGCAGGUGGGAAAGCUGGAGAAUCAAGUACAGACUUGACAAUAAUAAAGAUAGAGGAGGAAGAAGACACAGGGGGACUAGACAUGUAUGUUGAUAUUCCUGAGGACAGCAAGCAGCCUGUCCACCCUGGUGGUCAAGAGGAUACAGAAGACACUGGUGAACUGGAAGAUCCUCCAGGUGAAUGGUCAAGGGAAGACUUCUCCAAUGAGAGCAGCAGCAAUCUAGGUGCUGACCCAAAUGUGUCCUGGCAAGAUUCUUUUAAUAAAGGAACCACUGCUGCGUUUCCAGGCCACCAGGGGAAAAGAGUCCUGAUUUGUCCAGAAUGCCACGCCUGUUUUGCCAGUGCGGUGUACUUGCUAGAACACAGGAAGAUCGCUCAUAAAUCGCCGAUGGUAGCAUUUUGUGAGUCCUGUGGAAAAGGGUUCAAAUCACCUUCGGGAUUCCAUAUUCACAAGAAAAUGUUUCACAGCGCAGAUUGCAAUUAUCCUAUGUGUAAAAUAUGCGGAAAGAAAUUUGCCAGUUCUAGUAGACUUCUUGUUCAUUUGAGAUCACAUUCGAACCAGAGAAAUUUCGUUUGCAAAAAGUGUGACAAGUCAUUCAAAUAUGAGGGAUCCCUAAAAAAGCACGAAGAUGUUUGUAAAUAACAGUUAUCAGUUUUGAACUUGGUGUGCAGACCAUUUGAUUAUUAAAAGAAUUUAGAAUCUUUUGCCAGUGGCCUUAAGCUUGAUGAUAAGUUAUAAUGGACUGCGUUCUAUUAGAUCUGACAAGUGAUGUUCAUGACUUUUUAAAAACUGAUGUACUUUGUAGUUACAAAAUUGAAGUACUGUACUUUAACUUGCGAUAAGCAAUUAGAAUUUGUUUAUACAUGUUUGCAAGAUUAUUACUCUUUUAUGUAUAUGAAAAAUUAGGGGUUAAGAAUCAUUUAAUACUAAUAUUCAUUAGUCCUGAAACUUCAGAUGUUUUAUUCGGUUGCUUAUUUUAGUUUGAAAGCAAGACGAAAAUAAAGGGAUUAUAAGGAAUGUUUAUUUCUUGUCCAAAUAACAUCAUUAAAAGAGACUAAUCAGAAGAUUGUAAAGGACUUCCCAAUAAAAUUUCUUGCCAUGAUU